CCCCAUCUUCACAGGCACCAACGACCAACAACAACAACCGCACCUGCCACCAUCGCUGUUGAGUGUUUUGUGGGUGAUAACAUACAACCGUUUACACCUUUCAACAACAAGGUUCCCCGCGUUCCUUUUGCUUUUUGUGAACACUUUCCAACCAGCCGCUACCAACCAUGUCGUACCACAAGGAAAACACGCCACUGACGGCUGGAUCUCAGGCCGCGUCGUCGUCGACCGCUUCCUACCAGACGCCCCCUUACGCCCCUCCAAGCUCGGUGAACCACCAGCAACAGCAGCAGGCGCGUGCCGCUGCGCCAUCGUAUGUGGGGCCCACCCCAACAUCCACCACCACCUAUCCGACCAUCUUCACGCCCGGUGGCUUUGGAGCCCCGCCCCCAUCCGAUCCAGAGGCCGAGGAGAAGUACAUUGAGCGCCAGCUCAAGUAUCUCGGCCCCAUUUCCCAAGUCUCCGAUGCCUACCGUCUCGACACCACAACCCUGAAGAUUGAGUUUGAUGAUUCCUUUCCUGAGGUGUCCAAGCCUGGCCCUGCUCUGGAGAGCGUGCGCAAGCUCAACAGGAUCCUGUACGAAGGCAUGAGCGAUGCCAUCCACAUCAUCUUCUCCUUGUUCCUCGGCUUUUUGGCGGCCAUCACCGUGGGCUUCUUCAUGGGCAUGGCUCGCUUCAUGUACACAUACAUGGCUGGCCCGUUCAACCAGCUCAUGUUCCUGCUCAUUGCAUCCCUGGCCCCGUCGUGGCGCGCGUUCUUCCGUGCCGGCAUGGACCCCAUCUUCGAGAGCGGCAGCCUCGCUCUCUCCAACAUCCAGGUCCGCCUCGGCAUGGAGGGCAAGGCCCGCCACAAGGAGCUCAAGGACUAAACCCAAUGAAUGGGGGCUGCUGGACCGUCCUUUUUCCUGCUCUCCCAACAAGCUUACCUUUACCCUUCCACCCCCCUUGUUCCUUCCUUUCUUUGUUCAUUCCCCCCUUUUCAUGACCACCGUUUGCUUCCUGUGCUUGCUCGCUUGUAAAACCUUUACAAUACCCUUGCUUGCUUGCCUGCUUACUUGCUUGCUGGUGGCGGUGUGUGUUGCCAUGCACGCCUCGCACCCAGCCAGCCUUUGCUUCCCCGCCACGAUAAACGACAACACAAGAAAACACAACAGCAAGAAA